AUGUCAAUCACAAACCUGCCUUUGGAGUUGUUGACUCAUAUCUGUGAGGAUCUGGGACCUAAAGAUUGGGGCGCGUUCCGGACCACUUGCCGCCAAAUCCACGACAACACACUGGAAGCCUAUACAACGCGAUAUUUUAGAAAAAUCACCCUUCUUCUCACAUGUGAAGGGCUUGACCGGCUGGAGCAGAUUGCAACCAGUAAAACUCUUUGCAGCUCGGUCGAAGAAAUUUGGAUCAUCCCAAACUUGUUGGAACCUUGGGCACAAUUGGACAAGGCUACUUUUACAAAGGUAGAUCCUGGGAGACAUUUAGUGAAAUGUCAGCGCCUUCCAACAACAGAAGAAUCGAAUGAUAUGAAGGUUGAGCUUGAAGCUCUAUUUGCUGUCUUCGACACUAUAAUGAAAGAACACAAUAAGAUUCUCCAAUACUCGGGUCUCUUUAACAGGCUUGAAAAAUGCCUACCGCACCUCAAAAACGCUGUUAACCUUGGCUUACGGUCAUACCCGACACGUUUCCUACUUAAACAUGCAAGUCAUACUGACUUCACCUGCAUGGGAUUGCGUGAAUUUAAGAGCCAGUUCAAAUACCAGGACUUUCCAUCGCUUAACCAGACUAUGCCAUACAUGCCUUAUGGUUUAGCAUUCUCACAAAUUCUCAACGCCAUAAUCAAAUCUAGUCGGAAAGUCCAAGCUCUUCACACAUGUAGCCAUGUCUAUUGCGGUAUGAAAUUGGAACAUAUUCAACUAUCAGAGGCCCAGCAUCAACAGCUUCUUCCACUCUUAAAGGGUCUGACGACUCUCCAUAUGUGUAUCCGCCUUAAAGAUCACAAACAAGAAUUUUUCGAUGAAGGCACCUUCAAUCGUCUCCUUAAAAUUCUGUUCACAGUUUCAUCGACACUAAAGACCCUGACUUUUGCCCAAUGGAGUCCUAUAGAAGAAUUAUCUCCUCUCUACUUCAAGGAUCUCGCUCAGAAAGUUCAAUUUUCCCAGCUAGAGAAACUCAAUCUCCAUUCAAUUGAGGUGACAGUGGAUAGCCUCGAAGAGUUUCUGCGGACAGCAGCCCCAACCUUGAAACGACUAAGUAUCAGGUUGGUUAGUCUGGUUGAUGGGAUAACAUCUGCACCAGCCCUAGGACCCCUAACGGAAAACAGUCAAAGUUGGGUCUCUUCAUUGUCCACUGAGGUCAAGACUGAGAUACAGGGGCUCUGGCGGCGUGUUUCCAAAUUUUUGGCAGAUCAUCUCAAGUUGCAAUACAUCGAAAUGUCCGAGCUUGGGUAUCGAGGAAGAUUGAUUUUAUUGAAAGAUCCCUUGUUUAUGGAACGCGGGCAGCCGGGCGCAAUGCCUUCUCCUGGCCUGAACCCCUCAGAUUUCUAUUUUGACUCUGAGAAGGCGAGUGUACUUUUCAAGGAAUGGGUCACGCAGCUUCAGAUAGAGAUGUGGCAUCGGGUAACCUUUGGAGGCCCUAAGCUCCCAGGUACCAGCAACAUGCGCCAAGUACAAGUACGCCCGGGAAUAAGUAAUAUCGCUGCUUCGGUAUGUGUGUAUCCGAAACUAAACUAA